CACGCACUCGACUUGAUGGUCAACGUGCAAGACAAGCAGCUUCAAGGGCAGCUGAGAAUCCGAUACAGAGACGGACUCGAAGUGAAGAUCAGCGUAGACGACAAGCAGCCUCAAGGGCAGCGCAAUGGACAUUUAUGGAAGGGGAAGCAUUUCGGUAUGGUCCAGCCAACAACUAUGACAGCCAUCCUCAACUUUAUAUUGGACAAAUGAGCGAUGUUUGUCCAUACUGUAAUGCCCUCAAGUGGCAUGCAGAAACACGAGGUAUGUGCUGUUCUGGUGGUAAAGUAAAGUUACCUGAACUUCAGCCUCCUCCUGAACCACUGAAAAUCAUUAAUAUCUGUGCAACAUUUCGUGAAGCAUGUCAAUUACAGGGAUUACUGGAAGAUGAUCAGCAAUGGGAUGCCACUAUGUCCGAAGCAGCUGCAGCUCAAUCACCAGCAAGAUUGAGAAAUCUAUUUGCUCUUAUACUAGCUGUUUGUGGACCAUCGAAUCCAAAACAAUUAUGGGAGCCGUACAAAGAAAGCUUGACUGAAGACAUUCUGAGAAAUGCUCGCAGACAAAAUCCUGGAAUGAAUUUGGAUUAUACACCAGAUAUGUUUAAUCAAGCACUGAUUAUUAUUGAAAAUAAAGUUUUAGAGAUGGGUGGCAAAGAACUUGAGAAAUUAGAGCUUCCAACUCCUAAACGAAAUUCGGGUGAUCGAUUAAACAGUGCAAUGCUCAGAGAAACAAGUUAUGAUGUGAAAGAGUUGGAUGCUUAUAUAACAGCAAAUGAGCCACUGUUGGUACCGGAUCAGAGAGCUGCAUACAAUGCGAUUUUGAAUCAGAUCGAGAAGAAAGCUGGUGGAAUAAUCUUCCUUGAUGCACCUGGUGGAACAGGAAAGACAUUUGUCAUUAAUUUGUUAUUGGCUAAAAUCCGGCAUCAGUCAAAGAUUGCGAUUGCGGUCGCCUCUUCCGGUAUCGCUGCUACGCUGCUUCAAGGUGGCCGUACUGCGCACUCGACAUUAAAGUUACCUCUUAAGUUUUUGGAAAAUCAAACUCAUGUCUGUAGUAUUACCAAAGGAACUAGCGAAGCAAAGGUUCUGCAAGAAUGUGAACUUAUUGUAUGGGACGAGUGCACAAUGGCUCAUAGGUAUGCAUUAGAAGCUUUGAACCAUACUUUACAGGAUCUUCGUAACAAUGGAAAGAAUAUGGGUGGAGUAGUUGUACUUAUUGCUGGCGAUUUUAGACAAACAUUACCAGUUAUUCCAAAGGGUACUAUGGCUGAUGAGCUAAAAGCUUGCUUGAAAUCUUCGUAUCUUUGGAGACAUGUUGUACCAUUUAAACUCAGUACUAACAUGAGAGUGCACUUACAAGGUGACGUAUCUGCCGGCCGUUUCGCUGAACAACUUCUCGCAAUUGGAAAUGGCGAAAUACCUGCUGACCCAGUCAGUGGACUUAUCAAUAUUUCAGACAACUUUUGCAAUAUCGUUGAAUCAGUCGAAGA